AUGCGUCUUGUCGGAGCGCAGUGUCAGAGCAUGGAGGAGCAGCUGUCUCCGUCUGCGCGUUUGGCGCGUGCUGCUGGACCUCAGGCCAGAGUCCACAGCAUUGAGGCCAUUCUGGGUUUUAGAGAGGAGAAGAUGCUGCAGGUCGAAACCUGUGGGACCAGAGGGGCCACGAAAACAGACACGAACUCUGAAAGCUUCCAGAAUGCCCCUUCGAGCCCGGACCGUAAGAAGCACCGGCGGAACAGGACCACCUUCACCACGUUCCAGCUGCAUGAGCUGGAGAGGGCUUUUGAGCGGUCACACUACCCGGACGUUUACAGCAGAGAAGAACUCGCACUGAAGGUCAACCUGCCAGAAGUGCGCGUCCAGGUGUGGUUCCAGAACCGUCGUGCUAAGUGGCGUCGUCAGGAGAAGCUGGAGGUCAGCUCCAUUAAGCUCCAGGACUCCUCCAUGCUGUCCUUUCCCAGGUCGGCCGCUCCGGGGCUGGGCAGCGCUGGCUUGCCGCUGGAUCCCUGGCUGACCGGGCCCAUUUCGGGUCCUAUCUCGUCCCCUAGCUCACCCUUACAGUCUCUGCCGGGCUUUAUGACCUCUCAGCCUUCCAGCUACACCCCUCCGCCUUUUCUGGGCCACCCUCUACCCCACCUCGGCCCAGUGUGCCCCCCUCCACCCCCGCCGGCCUACCAGUGCUCAGGCUUCAUGGACAAACUCAGUCUGGAGGAGUCGGACCCCCGCAACUCCAGCAUAGCAUCGCUGAGGAUGAAGGCCAAGGAGCACAUUCAGUCCAUAGGGAAGACAUGGUAG